AUGCGGGUCACUGUCCACAUUCCAGGGAAGUUUGAGAAUUCGGUGGUCAAUAGUGAAGGCAAAUUAAUUCAUGAGAAACUUUCAGAAGCGGAAUUAGAUGAGUUGUGGCUCGAGACAUUUGUGUGUUCUGUGGUACGCAGUAUGCUUGAUUCUGAUGACGAUGAGGCAAACCGUUUUGGCGGACUAGUUGAAAUUCGAAAGGAAAACCUUUUCAAUAAUGGAAAAGCAUCACAAGAGCUUUUGAGAAACUUUGUUUUGGGCUUUGAAAAAUUGUUCUGGGUUGGGCCAAAGUUGGGCUGCUCAGUAGAAAUUCCUCAGGCGACGUUAGUAUGCAACUAUCUCGUUGAUGGUUUUCUCAAGUGCAUUCAAUUAACACAAAGCUUUGAUUUGGCUUUGGAAGUGUUGCAUAGAUUAGAAGAGCAGGAACCUUCAGUUACCACUUUGAUUGCCCAGGUGCUUAUCAUGAAGGAUGAAGAAAUUCAAGCAGUCCAGGUAAUUUGUGAAGGUAUCUCUAAGAACAAACGUGAUUCGGAACUUUUGUUGUUGGAAUGCAAUCUUUUGAUAGAAAAAAAGAGAUAUGACUUGGCCUUGCACUUAGCCAAGCAAGCUGUUCAAUCAUCUCCUUCUGACUUCAAAACUUGGGCUGCCUUGGUUAAAGUUUAUACAAAGUUAAAUGACUUUGAGAACGCCUUAUUAACGUUGAAUUCGUGUCCCAUGAACUCGCAUAAGGAAAAGUUUAUGCUCAAAAGGAUUGUGCCUUUGAGAGGUACUAGCGAUGAAUUGCAUUUACCAUCGCCUGUCGAUGUCACGUUGGACGAAGUCUCUAAUUUGCAAAGUUCAGUUAUUAUUGCAGAGCAAAAGAGCAUCGAUCCCCUGCUUGCCAACUUACCAGCUGCAAAUUUGAAGUCUACUUUCGCAAAAGCAUAUGAUUUGCUUACAGAUAUUGUCGUUAAGACCGGUUGGGAGUCUUUAUUGAAGUACAGAGCUAAAGUCUUCGUGAUGGAAGAAGAAUAUCGUAAAGAUAAAAAUUCUGUCAACAAUGCUAUAAAGGGAUCCAGACAAAAUUCGCAAAAUGGGCAAAUUGCCUCUCAAGAUGCGGAAGGUGACGACUCCUCUACCACGGCGAUCAAAUCUCCUACAAGGGAUGGAGUUGAGGGAAUCACUGACAAAUCUUCACAAAAUGAAUUCAAGAAAAAACGUCUCUGUGAAAGAUGGCUCGAUAAUUUAUUUAUGUUGUUAUACGAGGACUUGCGAAUCUAUACCAUGUGGCAAGCAGAGUACGUUCAUUUUCAAGCUCAGCAGAUGGAGUAUAAAAAGACCACAUUGGAGUGGGAAGCAUUGGGUCUGAUUGCGUUUAGACUCAAACAUUUUAAAGAGGGAUCCAUUGCAUUUAGUAAUGCGUUAAGGGGAAGAUUCUCUUCCAAAUCGCAACGUGAAAUGUUGAAGUACUACCUUAUGGAAAGAACAAAGAUGUUAUCAAGAAACAACGCCAGCGAAGCUUCGCUUUCGGUAAUCCAUAACCAAACCAAGUCGGUGAACCAGCUAAAUGAAAAGAUUUUGGAAAGCUGCAUCAAAUUAUUGGUUUGGAACCAUCGUUGGUAUAACGACUUCUCACCUCAUCUAAUUCUAACUUUCAACGACUUGGUAGCUAAGGAAGGUUUGAUCAAGAUUCAAUCUCUAGUACAGGCUGUCUUUUCAAACAGCGCGACCCAAUCGGAGAACUUGGCUAAUCACGGUAUUACUGAAAUGAUGGAGGAUUUAUACAGUUUCGCAAGGACCUACGAGAUAAGCGGUAGCGACAACUGA